AUGAGCUCUCCCACAAUCACGCGGCCCGUCUUCGAGCAGCACCACAGCGGCCUCGGAGUCGACUGCUCACAACCGAGGAUAUCGUGGCAGUUUGAGGCCGACGAGGGCACUGCUCCUGGCUGGACCCAGACAGGCUACGAGGUCGAGGUCACCUUCUGCUCUUCCUCUAACGAUGCACACACUUACAGCAUCACGAGUGACCAGUCGGUGCUGGUUCCCUGGCCUGCCCGACCGCUGCAGUCGCGGGAGAGCGCCACAAUCCGCAUCCGCGCGUCUGGGCACAGUGUCACAUCCGAUGCCAUCACCAGAGACAUCGACUUCUCUCCGUGGUCCCCAGCUGCCACCGUAGAAGCUGCCUUGCUCGAGCCUUCCGACCUCACCGCCGACUUCAUCACUUCCUCCCAAGACUUUGAGCCGCGAGGCCCCUUGCGUCCGAUCCGGUUCCGAAAGACCUUUUCCUUACCAGCCGUCUGUUCACAACACUUCCGUCAUGCUCGGCUGUACAUCACAGCUCUGGGGGUUUACGAGGCGUACAUUAAUGGCGAGCGCGUGGGCGACGAGUACAUGGCUCCCGGCUGGACUACCUACAAGCAUCGUAUUGCCUACCGAGUACACGAUGUCUCAGAACUGCUGAGGCCGUCCGAGGAGAACGUGCUGGCGAUUCAGGCGGCCGAAGGCUGGUACGCAGGACGCUUGGGCUUCCGCGGCGGGCAGCGCUUCCGAUACGGCGACAAGAUCGGCAUCCUUGCACAGCUCGAAGUCACCGGCUCGGAGAGUGAGCGCUGGACUUUGACCACGGACCACACGUGGCAAUGCGGUCCGAGCCCACUCGUGACAAGCGAAAUCUACGAUGGCGAAGUCUUCGAUUCCAGGGAGGAAGAUGAUCAGUGGAACACAUGCGGCCGGAGCCCUUCUCGCAGCGACAAGCUCAACAUCCCCGUGACGGUGCUCCCGAAACCUGCGGCAAAGCUCUUCUCCCCAGACAUGGCGCCCGUGCGAGUGACGGAGGUCAAGCCGUGCAUCGACGUCUUUCAGAGUGCCAGUGGCAAGAUUAUCCUCGACUUUGGUCAGAACCUGGUCGGCGUGUUACGGGUCAAGUCUCUGGCUCCAGGGACCGGGGCCGAGGUCUGCUUCACCCACGCGGAAGUCAUGGAGCAUGGCGAGCUGGGUAUCCGGCCACUCAAGUUGGCCAAAUGCCGAGACAUUGUGAUAGGAUCUGGCCACGAGCUGGGACCGUGGUCACCAAAGUUCACCUUCCACGGCUUCCGAUAUGUUCAGCUCGACGGCUGGCCAGACGCUGGACCACCAGACGCAGCCAACUUUGAAGCCCUUGUACUACACACGGACAUGACGCGACGAGGAUUUUUCGAGUGCUCCAACGGGAGUGUCAACCAGCUUCAUCGCAACGUCGUCUGGUCAAUGCGUGGCAACUUCCUCUCCCUCCCUACAGACUGCCCACAGAGAGACGAGCGACUCGGCUGGACGGGUGACGCGCAGGUCUUUGCGCCUACCGCCUCCUUCCUGUACGAUUCGACGCCCAUCCUGAACAACUGGCUCGAGGACGUUGCCGCUGAGCAGUUCGAGGAGGGGCAAAACGGAGUGCCGCCGGUCGUGGUCCCCUUCGCACUAGGCCCCAACUUCGCGAGGAACAUGCCCCAGGCCAUCUGGGAUGAUGUGACGGUUCUCAUGCCGCACGAUCUAUACCGCUAUAGCGGAGACCAGGCCGUGCUAGAGCGGCAGUUCCGCAGCAUGCAGGCCUGGCUCGACGAGGGCGUUGCCAGAGCGCCCGAUGGUCUCUGGGAUCCCAACGUGUGGCAGUUUGCCGACUGGCUUGAUCCCAGCGCGCCCCCCGAGGACCCAGCCAACGGCAGGACUGACCCGAGUCUCGUGGCGAAUGCGUAUCUUGUCCACACGACACGGGUCUUUGCGCGGGUGUGCCGUCUAUUGAACAAGUCUGAGUUGGCUGAGAAGCACGAAGCCGACGCAGACCGACUCCUCCAGCUCUUUCAGACUCGCUACAUCACGCCCGAGGGCCACCUGAUGUCGUCAACACAGACCGCUCUGAGUCUGGCGAUAUCAUUCGACCUCUUCCCGUCCAGCCUUUCCAUGCGGAAAACCGCCAGUGCAGCGUUGGACCGGCUCGUCCGUACUGCGCGCUUCACCAUCGCCACAGGCUUUGCUGGCACACCAGUGAUCGCCGGUGCUCUGACUGCAGCGGGCAUGCCCCAGCUUGCAUACCGGAUGCUGCUCGAGACACAGUGCCCAAGCUGGCUGUACCCGAUCACGAUGGGCGCCACGACGGUGUGGGAGCGCUGGAACAGCAUGAUGCCCGACGGGACAAUCAACCCCGGCCACAUGACGAGCUUCAAUCACUACGCUCUCGGGGCGGUCGCUGACUGGCUGCACUCGUCAGUCGGAGGGAUCAGUCCCGCGGAGGCUGGCUGGAAGGUGAUCCGUGUCAGGCCGAUCCCGGGCGGUAACAUCGCGAGUGCCAAGGUUCGAUUUCACGGGCCGUAUGGGUUGGUAGCGUGUGAGUGGGAGUGGAAGGACGGGUCGGCUUUUUCAAUGAAGGUUACUGUGCCGCCGAACAGCACGGCUGUCGUGACACUUCCUUGCGAUGUAAAGCCGUCUUUCUUGAGGACGGCACAUGAAGGCAAAGGCCGGCUGGUCAACGGUGUAGAUCAGGAGAACUGCCAGACAGUUGGAUCAGGCGUCCAUGUCUUCACGUGUGACUUCGUGGCAGGGGAGUGGCCGCCCAAACCGUGGACACCUCCUUUCCUGCCGCCGCCACCAGCCACCAUCGCGGAGUGAUGUAGGACUGACUGGC